CCACAGACAAGCCUGAGACAGAGGAGGAACGAGGUUAAAGUCAGUAAAUUGAUUCCUGAAGAUAAAAACUCGAGAUGGAAGGAAUAGACCAUAAACAUUAUCACGAUGAAGAGUUUGAUCACCAUCUGCUGCUAGAAACGUAUGUUGGUCAUGAUAAAACGGAUUCCAAAGACGAACUGAUGAACAUGCCACUGCAAAAAUUAUUUGAGGUAUUGUCCUCAGGUACCGUGAAAGGAGAAACUCUGAUAGAUCUCACCAUUGCGCCAAAUUUCAGUCAUUUAUUGGUCGCAGCUGAUUUCUUUAAGGAGAUCUUCAUAUUGGACUCAUCAGACAGUUCGCUCACGGAAACUGAAAAAUGGCUGAAUAAGGAGACAGGAGCUGUAGACUGGUCUCAUGCAGCUCACUUUUCAUGUGAACUUAAGGGUGUGAGUUGCCAGGAGGAGGAGCACCGCAGCACUUUUACAAGUGAACACUUGGAAGCUGAGGAAGAGAAAUUCAGAAGAAUUGUGAAACGUUGUUUAAAAUGGGAUCCCACCAAUGACAAUCCACUGGGUUCCGUCGUACUGCCUCAAGUAGACUGUGCCAUCAGUGUCUGGUACCUUGGUACCUGUAAAGAUCAUGACAGCUUUCGCAACAGCUUAAAAAAAUUCUUAUCUCUAGUGAAGGUGGGAGGUCACGUCAUUCUGUUUGUCCUUUUCAAUGGGACCUAUUAUACAAUUGGUGAUCACAGGUUUUCAAUGUUAAACUUUAAUGAAGAGUUUGUGAAGGAAGUUCUCCAAGACAAUGGGUAUACCACUGUGAUUUGUGAAGUAUGUGAAAGCAAAUUAAACACUGAUUUAGUAGAUUAUAAACAGACUGGGUACAUUGUAGCUCGUAAGGAAAGUGAGAUUUAACCAAAUUAAUUCUUAAAGGGUUACUCCAAUCACCAUGACUACUUCUGCUUUUAGAAGUGAUCAUGGUUGUAGCAAUCGGUAUGUGCAGCGUUUAAAGUGGGUAAAAAGUCUUCUGAAAGUAAAAUGAAAAAAAUAAAAAAAAUUGUUCUGAGUUUGCAUGAUUUAUUUGUUUUUUGGUUUGUUAAAGUUUUUAGACCCAACUUUGAAAAUCCUAAUCCUGGGUAUACCCUUCUGGCUAUGAACCAUAUAAAAAGCAAAUUAAACACUCCCUUUAAUAUCUUUUGGAUCUUUUAAAGGAGGGGAGAAGGAAUAAAGUUAAUUCUAAGAUCUACUAAAGGGGGAGGUGGUGGAAGUCCUUUGAAAUGAAAUGCUAUUUUUGGUCUAAUAAAAUAUCUUUAU